GGAGAACCAUGACGCUUCUCGAAAUGUCUGCAACCGACAACGAAAACACAACAGCAAACUGUCGUUUUAAAUAACUAUCAGAAAAUCGAAAAAACGCUGUUUUUUUUUGUAACAACUGUAUUCAAAUAAGUUGUUAAUGUUUUUUGGGUUCGUUUUGCUAUUGUCUGGUGAAUGUUUAAUGCGUAAGAAUAGCAAUGCAACUCAAGCAUCUGAAGACUCUUCUAACUCCACAAGAUGGAGCAGCCAAAGUUACUUGCAUGGCCUGGUCUCCUAAUAAUGGGAAAUUUGCAGUCUGCACUGUAGACAGAGUGGUCUUGCUUUAUGAUGAACAAGGAGAAAGGAGGGACAAGUUCUCUACCAAACCUGCAGAUUCUAAGUAUGGAAAGAAAAGCUAUGGGGUGAAAACCAUGGCAUUUUCCCCUGACUCCACCAAAAUUGCCAUUGGACAAACUGACAAUGUAAUUUAUGUUUACAAAAUUGGAGAGGAAUGGGGUGACAAGAAGGUUAUCUGCAAUAAAUUUGUGCAGACGAGUGCAGUGAUCUGUCUGCUGUGGCCUGCAGAAAAUGCUAUUGUUUUUGGAUUGGCUGAAGGAAAGGUUCGUCUUGCUAAUAUUAAAUCCAAUAAGUCCUCCACGAUAUAUGGAACAGAGUCCUAUGUGGUUUCUCUGACAUCAAAUGUAUCUGGAAAGGGAAUCCUCUCUGGUCAUGCCGAUGGCACUGUUGUGCGCUAUUUUUUUGAUGAUGAAGGAUCUGGGGAAUCUCAGGGUAAACUGUUCACUCACUCUUGCCCACCGUAUUCAUUGGCAUGGGCUGCCAGCAGCAUCAUAGUUGCUGGGUGUGAUAAGAAGAUUGUGGUGCAUGGGAAAGAGGGCCAUGUGAUCCAAACAUUUGACUACAGCCGGGAUGUUUCAGAAAAAGAGUUCACUGUGGCAGCCACGAGCCCAAGUGGCCAGUCUGUGGUCAUUGGAAGUUAUGACAGACUAAGGGUUUUCAACUGGAGUCCCCGUAGAGGUGCCUGGGAGGAAGCAAAACCCAAGGAAAUAGCCAAUCUUUACACAAUAACAGCAUUAUCUUGGAAGAAAGAUGGAUCAAGACUGUGUGCGGGUACAUUGUGUGGAGGAGUGGAACAGUUUGAUUGCUGCCUUCGCAGAAGCAUUUAUAAAAAUAAAUUUGAAAUGACUUACGUGGGACUCAGUCAGGUGAUUGUGAAGAAUCUCUCAACUGGAACCCGUGUGGUUUUGAAGUCACACUAUGGUUAUCAGAUUGAUGAAGUUAAGAUUAUGGGAAAGGAUAGAUACCUAGUGGCCCAUACCUCGGACACAUUGCUUCUGGGAGAUCUGGGGACUAACAAACUGAGUGAGGUGGCAUGGCAGGGGUCUGGAGGAAAUGAGAAGUUUUUCUUUGAAAACGAAAAUGUGUGCAUGGUCUUCAAUGCUGGGGAGUUGACAAUGAUAGAAUAUGGGAACAAUGAAAUCCUAGGAUCUGUUCGAACGGAAUUCAUGAACCCACAUCUCAUCAGUGUUCGGCUGAAUGAGAGAAAACAGAGAGGAGUGGAAGACAACAAAAAGCUGGCUUAUCUUAUUGAUAUCAAGACUAUUGCAAUUGUCAAUCUUACUGGAGGCUUUAACUUGGGAAUCAUCAGCCAUGACACUAAAAUUGACUGGCUGGAGCUAAAUGAAACUGGACAUAAGCUACUCUUUAGGGACAAGAAGCUUCGGUUACAUCUGUAUGAUAUUGUUAGCAGCACCAAGACAACUGUGUUGAACUACUGCUCCUAUGUUCAAUGGGUUCCUGGCAGUGAUGUGGUCGUUGCACAGAACAGAGGUAAUCUCUGUGUCUGGUAUAAUAUCGAUAGCCCUGAGAGAGUGACCAUGUUCCCACUCAAGGGUGAUAUAGCAGACUUAGAGAGAAGCAAUGGUAAAACAGAGGUGAUUGUAACUGAAGGGGUAAACACCAUCUCCUACACUCUGGAUGAGGGGCUCAUAGAGUUUGGGACAGCCAUUGAUGAUGGAGAUUAUCAUAGGGCUACUGCUUUCCUGGAGACCCUGGAGAUGUCUUCUGAGACUGAGGCCAUGUGGAAAACACUGAGCAAACUCUCACUGGAAGCUAAACAGCUGCACAUUGCAGAGAGGUGCUUUGCAGCUCUGGGAGAUGUCGCUAAAGCCAGAUUUCUGAAUGAGACCAACAAAAUUGCUGAUCAAAUAGCAAAACAAUAUGGUGGUGACGGAACAGAUUAUUAUCAGGUGAAAGCUCGCCUUGCAAUGUUGGAGAAAAACUAUAAACUGGCAGAAAUGUUUUAUCUGGAGCAGAAUGCUAUUGAUGAAGUUAUGGAGAUGUAUCAAGAGCUUCACAUGUGGGAUGACUGCAUUGCUGUCGCUGAAGCCAAGGGACAUCCUGAACUAGACAACUUAAGAAGAAGUUACUACCAGUGGCUCAUGGAAACCAAACAGGAAGAGAAGGCAGGAGAGGUGAAGGAAAACGAGGGAGACUACACAGGGGCCAUUAAUCUGUAUCUGAAGGCGGGUCUCCCAGCCAAGGCUGCCCGCCUGGCAAUGAACCGGGAUGAGCUCAUGGCUAACAGCGAUAUUGUCAAUCGGAUUGCUGCUGCAUUAAUUAAAGGGGACUUCUACGAAAGGGCUGGAGACCUGUUUGAAAGGAUUAGGAAUCACCAACGGGCUCUGGAGUGUUACCGCAAAGGAUUUGCCUUCAGUAAAGCUGUGGAAUUGGCUCGUGCUGCUUUCCCUGCUGAUGUUGUGAAAUUGGAAGAGACCUGGGGAGAUUACCUGGUCCAGCAGAAGCAAAUGGAUGCAGCUAUUAACCACUACAUAGAAGCUGGUUGCUCAUCAAAAGCAAUUGAGUCUGCAAUAGGAGCCCGCCAGUGGAAGAAGGCUGUUCAUAUUCUGGGACUACAGGAUGAUAAAUCAUCAGGGAAGUACUAUUACAAGAUAGCUCAGCACUAUGCCUCCAUCCAGGAGUAUGAGGUGGCAGAGCAUCUCUAUGUCAAAUCUGACCAUAUUAAAGCUGCCAUAGACAUGUACACACAGGCAGGCCAAUGGGAGCAAGCUCAUAAGUUGGCUACAAAGUGCAUGAAUCCGGAGGACGUGUCUGCACUUUAUAUCAACAGGGCACAAGAUCUGGAAAAAGAAGGGAAAUAUAAGGAAGCAGAGAGACUCUUCACUACAGUAGAUGAACCAGAUCUGGCCAUAACAAUGUAUAAGAAAAACAAGAUGUACGAUGAUAUGAUUCGCUUGGUGGCAAAGUACCACAAGGACCUGCUGACUGACACACACCUUCACUUGGCUAAGGAAUUAGAAGGGGAGACCAGAUUCCAGGAGGCUGAGUAUCACUACCUGGAGGCUAAAGAGUGGAAAGCAGCAGUGAAUAUGUAUAGAGUAAAUGAUAUGUGGGAUGAAGCUUACAAGGUGGCGAAGGCCCAUGGGGGUGCAAAUGCUCACAAGCAGGUGGCAUACCUCUGGGCGAAGAGUCUGGGAGGAGAGGCUGCAGUAAAACUGCUAAACAAGUUUGGUCUGCUCGAGACUGCAAUCGACUAUGCUGCUGACAACUGCUCGUUUGACUUUGCAUAUGAACUGGCACGACAGUCUAUGAAGCACAAGAUCCCAGAUAUCCAUUUGAAACAUGCUAUGUUCUUCGAGGAUGAGGGAAAAUUUGCAGAGGCAGAAGCUGAGUUCAUCAAGGCAGAAAAACCUAAAGAAGCUGUGUUAAUGUACGUCCAUAACCAAGACUGGAAUGGAGCCCAGCGGGUGGCAGAGGCCCAUGACCCUGACAGUGUGGCGGAUGUGCUGGUGGGACAGGCCAAGUUUGCCUUUGAUCUGAAAGAAUACCAAAAGGCAGAGGCUUUCCUUCUCCGUGCACAAAGACCAGAACUAGCCAUCAAGUAUUACAAAGAUGCUGGGAUGUGGAUCGAUGCUAUGAGGAUCUGUAAAGAAUAUGUUCCCAAUAAACUAGAAAUACUACAGGAGGAAUAUGAGAAGGAGGCUGUUAAAAAGGGACCCAGUGGGAUGGCUGGAAUGGUAGAGCAGGCUCGGGAGUGGGAGCAAUCAGGGGAGUAUGCCAGGGCGGUGGAGUGCUAUCUGAAAGUCAAGGACAAAGACAACAUCACACUUGUGGAAAAAUGCUGGAUGAAGGCUGCUGAGCUGGCAAUUAAGUUCUUGACUCAGGAAAAAACCAUGGAUGUGAUUCAAGUGGUUGGGCCACGACUUAUUGAAAUCCAAAAAUACAGUGCGGCUGCUGAGCUGUACCUUAACCUGGAUCUCAUUAAAGAAGCUAUAGAUGCCUUUAUAGAAGGAGAAGAAUGGAACAAAGCCAAGCGAGUGGCCAAGGAACUUGAACCAAGGUAUGAAGAUUAUGUGGAUCAGCGCUACAAAGAAUAUUUAAAGAACCAAGGCAAAGUUGAUUCGCUUGUUGGAGUAGAUGUGAUGGCUGCUCUUGAUAUGUAUGCUGAAAGAGGUCAAUGGGAGAAAUGCAUUGAAACAGCAUCAAAACAGAACUACAAGGUCCUUCACAAAUAUGUUGCUCUCUAUGCAACACACUUGAUCAAAGAGGGACAAACUCAAAAGGUUUUGAACCUGUAUGUGCAGCAUGGAGUUCCAGCCAACUCUCAGAAUUUUAACAUCUACAAGCGCAUGUUCCUGGACUUGUUGAACAUAGUGGGCACAAACAGAGCAGAUGCUUAUCGCAUGUGGGCAGAUCUGCGAGAUGUGUUUUUCAAUCUGUGUGAGAAUAUGAUCAAGUCUGCAGAAGCCAAUUCCCCCUCUCAUGAAGAGUUUGAGCAGAUGCUGCUGAUUGCACACUACUACGCCACCCGCUCGGCAGCUCAAGGAGUCAACCAACUGGACAUGGUGGCAGCAAAACUUUCUAUAUCUCUGUUACGGCACACAGAUUUUAUCCCCGCUGACAAAGCCUUUUAUGAGGCAGGGCUUGCUGCUAAGAGUGUUGGGUGGGAGAACAUGGCCUUCAUUUUCCUGAACCAUUUCUUGGAUUUGAGUGAUGGAAUUGAUGAAGGUAAUCUGGACUCUCUUGAUCAUUCAGAUUUCCAGGACACUGAUAUUCCAUUUGAAGUUCCUCUUCCUGCAAAACAACAUGUGGCUGAUGACAAGCGAGAGGAAAUCAGGGACUGGGUACUGACUGUGUCCAUGGAUCAGAGAGUGGAACAGGUUCUACAGAAAGAUGAACGGGACACUUACGAAGCAUCUCUAAUGGCCGUGAAUACUGGCAUUCGCUCUCUUCCCUGUCUCAUUACUGGAUACCCAGUUCUCAGAAACAAAAUAGACUUUAAAAGACCAGGGAAGGCAGUAAAUAAAGAUGAUUGGAAUAAAUUCCUGAUGGCAGUGAAGACAACUCACAGUCCAGAGUGCCAGGAUGUUCUGAAGUUUAUUGGUCAUUGGUGUGGAGGGCUCCCUAGCGCUGGCUUCUCAUUUCAGUAAUACUGAGUAUCUGACAAAUCAAGAACACUACAUGUCUCCUCUCUGUAAUCUUAAGCUUUACAACCUUUAACCAUAAAUUCUUGAUUGUUUUGAACAAAACAAACAAAAAAAAAGAUUGAAAUAAUUUCAUGAUGAUGGUCACUUAAUUUUAUUGUAAUGACAACCUAGAUUUUCUAUCCACCAACAGCCCUGAUUGUGUGAAAAGGGGUUCUGUAAGAGGUGCCAUUAUCCGUAUAGAAUAAUUGUGAUUGUACAUGACACCUAGCUGUUAUCAAAGAACAUCAUACUAUUGACCUCAUACCCUACAGUAAGCGCCCCCAGAAAAGCUUUACUCCCUCACCACCGCUUGGUAUUUGGAAAUCAGAGAAACCAUCCUAUAAGGCAGUAGUUGAAAAGUCGGUUAGAUGAAGGUGGGCUCAAUACGUACCUAGUUUUUCGUGUAAUUUGUUUUUUGCAUUACGCAUGUAUGUUACUGUUUUUAAAGUAAGUUUAUUGUAUAUGCAGAAUGCUUUGUGUGUAUUAAAACAUUUAAAAAAUAUUAAAUUGAAUUUUGAUUUUUAAUUACA